AUGGGGGCGGUGAUAGGUUUCUCGUUGGGGAUCGAGACCGGGGACGGGAGAAUUUUCACCAUCGGAGAUCGGAAGGAAGAUGAAGAAAGGUCAUCUGAAAAUUGGAAGAUUAAAAUGCUUUAUGAUGGUGAAUGCCCACUUUGCAUGCGCGAGGUCAACAUGUUAAGAGAGAGGAAUAAGCAAUAUGGAACAAUCAAGUUUGUUGACAUAAGUUCUGAUGAAUACAGUCCAAGGAAUCAAGACCUUGACUACAAAACAGUUAUGGGGAGAAUUCAUGCCAUCUUAUCUGAUGGAACUGUAGUCACAGACGUUGAGGCAUUUAGAAGACUAUAUGAAGCAGUUGACCUAGGAUGGGUUUAUGCCAUUACAAAAUAUGAACCGUUUUCAACAAUUGUUGAUGAUCUGUAUGGUGUUUGGGCCAAAUAUCGUCUUCAAAUCACAGGUCGGCCACCUUUAGAGGAGGUUUUGGAGGUGCAGAAGAAAAAGGGUGAAGCAUGAAAUGACAGCAAGGUUUGCAAGAUGUAGGCUUUCCUAGUAGUUGCUGUCAGUCCCGAAAGAAGCAUCGUGAAGAAUGAAUAAUUUUUACGUUGCGUUUGGUUGGAGGAUUUGGAAAGAGAAAAUGAAAAUAUAGGUGAAAUGUGAAUAAAAUAUAUUUAUAUUUCACCUAGUUUUACAUAUUUUUUUCCUUUCACUUUCCAAAUUUUUUUCCAAAUCUUCCAACUAAACACAUACUUAGCCUAAGUGUGCGUUCAUUUCUAUAAUUAGAUUCAAUUGGAAAAGGAUUGAUAAUCUGUAUAUUUUAACAAUUACUCAUUUCCACCUCAUUGUUAGGAAAAGAAAAAUGUAAAUUUACAUGUAAACCUUACUAUUAAGUGGACUUAUUGUCCAAUAAAUCUUAUGAUAAUUAAUGACAUUUUUUUAUUAUA